CCUUGCUUUUGCGUAGCAAAAUAUUGCUAAAGACCCUCUUUCAGAGAUAUAUAGCGAAUAGAUUGGAGAAAACACUCAAAUACAAAUUUUAAAUGCCAAGAUUGAAUUAUAAACUCUUUGUCUGCAGUUGUCAGGGGUUAGUGUAGAGAGCAGACGGAAGAGGAAGGAUAUUUGAGAUAUUGGGCAGAAAAUUUAGAGCGUGUUUGAAAUUUUAGAUGCAGAUUGUAAUACAUUUUAUUUGGUGGAAAAUUUUAGUCAUAUUUCUGAGCACAAUUUGGCGCUAAAGAAAAAUGCAUCAAAUUUUUGGGAAUAGAAUCAUACUUAUCUUUUGCAUGAAUAUAUUUUCCAAAUGCUUUCUGCAUUGGUUUAAAUAAAUUCCAAACUCUCAAAUCUCCUCUAAAAGUCAUUACUUGUCAAUUCUAAAUAACUAUAAAAUAAUCGUCUCCUAAAUUCUCUAACUCUACUUAUAGAAGAAAGGACUAUUAAGCACUGUAAAUGCUUCAAAAACAAGGUAAAAUUUGAGCCAAAUUCUGUAAUAUCUUCGAUAUUGCUUUACUUAAGGGAUUUUUAGGUGUUGAUUCGGUAUGUUUCUCUGCACUCUACCUUUAUUGUUUGUCUUAGUCUGUGUCUGGUUAUCAAGGCAUGCCUGUCUCUAGGCUGUGGAGUUAUGUCAGCCCUAUUUGUUCUGCAACAAGCCAUCUCUGUGUUAAUAAAUCUUAGGCUCUUAGUAUCAAUAUUCAAAACGAGAAAUAGAGGAAAGGACCAGAAAGAACAAAAUAAUAUAUGCUCACCUGGAUUUUAGAGAGCCUAAUAUACCCACUUCGCGAAAUAUUGAGCAGAAAUCAUACAUGAGGAGGACCUUUUCAAGCAGAAUGAAGAGCAGGGAUAAGCCAAGGAUUCAUACUGAUGUUUCCAAGAGUCCUUUUAAUCCUAAAAACCCAAUGAAGAAGAAUACUGAUUUUGAGGAAAUUAUGAAGAACUUUGAUUUCCAUUGCAGCAAAGUUGGAAUGAUGACACCAGGAACAACCAAGAACAAAAGAAAUAAGAUGCCAAAUUUAUCCACCACCGUAUCUGCAGCCAAUCUCAAGAGCGAAGCCAAUUUCUUUGGUACAAGAAAGACACCAAGAGUUACAACAAUUCAGAAACAAGGGGAAAACUGAGGGACUAGAUCUACUAAAGGAUUGAGCUUGGCUUCACCAAAGUUCGACAACUAUAUGAAUAAUGGCGAUAAGGGUAGUAAGACAAUAAAGGCAAUCAGUAGCAAGAAGGACCUCUCCUGUACGGAUAAUCUCUCCACUAAAGGAAGUUCUCGGCCUAGGAAAUAAGGUCAAUUUAUCCCCAUUCAACUUGAGUAGCUCAAACAAGGCAAAGAAAUUUGAUAAUAAAUCUGAGUCUUUGAAGAGGCAUAAUUUUAAAGCUAGGAAGAUUCCCAAGAGCCAUAAAGUUCCCUUCAUGGUGUUUCAUUCUACUAAAGAUUUGACUUGAUUCAGGAAGCCGGGUGAUCGAAAAGAUAGUGAGAACAGAAGAACCAAGGUAGUUGUCAAGACUCCGUACGACGAGCUUUGAAAUGUGAAUAAUGAUAAUGAAAAGAGUCCUCUCAAAACCUUAUCUAUCAAUGAGGUUACACUGAAAUGUAACAAGACUAAUGACUUUAUCCCAAAAAUCAAGAAAAUAAAGGACCUAGGAUUGACAGACUUGAAAGUAGGCCAUGAAAUUGAGACCAAGAACAAAGGGCAAGACAAAAUGGACACUAUUGAUGAAAGAGAGAAUAGCUAUGAUAGUGAAGAUUCUUGAGCCAAGUUCGUCAACGAGAUCAAUACUCAGAUAGCAGAAAUUUAUGAUAUUGUAGAUAUUGAGGCAGAGGAUCAACAGAACCAACUUGAGUCAAUCAUACGCAAUGAUACAUCACAGAGUAAGAUGGAUAUUACGAAUUAAAUCAUUAUUGAAUCAAUAUGGGAUAAAAUAAA